UUACCCUCCCUGGCCUCCUUCAUCGGUUACAUCAUACAUCGAUCGCAUACCCGUAGUAGCACAGUCUUGGGCCUACUUGUCUUUUUACAAAGAUUGCAAGGGUCUCUGCGGGAUACAGCCAAAGAUAUGCCAGGUGCUUCCCAUCGUAUCUUUUUGGCCACAUUAAUUGUUGCUUCCAAAGCUCUUCAUGAUACUUCGCCAAAGAAUAAGCACUGGGCCCGUUAUGUCAAAUACUUUACUCUAGAAGAUAUCAACUCAAUGGAACGACAAAUUUUAGAAAUUCUGGUAUAUAUCAUCCCCCACAAUGAAGAG